AUGAAGCUGCAAAAAUCAUCUGAUAAGAAAUAUGUUCUUCUUAGUUACUAUGAAAUUUUGUUUGCUUCUCUGCUUGCACUUUUUGUGUGUGUUUGUGUUGGACUGAUUGUACUUUCAUGGUUAUCAAUCCAGGAGUUAGAACGAGCUAAAGCAGAUGGGAAUGCUCAUGGCUACAUAGGAACAUUUAAAAUACUCUCUGGGACAUCAUUCAUUCCUGCUUUGCAAAACAGAUCAUCAGCUGAUUUCAAAGUCCUUGCCUUUGAUGUUGAACAAUUGAUACAAAAUGUCUUUCAAGCAAGUGAUCUGAAAAACGAAUUUCAGAGAUGUGAAAUUUCCCAGUUCAAGAAACCUGAAGAUGGCCAUGAAAGAUUCAAGAAACCAGAGACUGGUGUUGUUGUGAUCUUCACCCUUUAUUUUACGUGGAUGGUAACAGUUGAGAAAGUAAAAAAUGAGCUGGUUUGGGGUAUCAACACAAAUAAAACUAAUCUUACCCAGACUUUGAAAAUUGAUGUGAACAGCAUACAAGUCACAGAGGUAAGUCAAUUUUCCUUUGUGGUGAAACUGCAUUACUGCUGUGCUGUUAUUGGUAUUGUCCUUAUUAUUUCAGCUGAGUGUUUGCCACCUGCUGAACUUUGUGAUGAUGGUGUAACCUGCAUUAGAAAAGAUUUAUUUUGUGAUGGAGUCUUGGACUGCCCAGAUGGUUCAGAUGAAUCUGAAAAAAAAUGUGCUGCGGUUUGUGAUGGAAAAUUUAUGUUGACUGAUUCCUCUGGGUUUUUUCACUCUAUGAAUUAUCCAAAACCGUAUAAUGCAAAUAUCGUUUGCCAAUGGAUUAUACUAGUGCCUCAAGGGUUAUCCAUUAAACUGAACUUCACUUCUUUUGAUACACAGCAGUAUGAGGACUAUUUAAAUAUUUUUGAAGGUAUAGGACAAAACAAGACCUUAAGAGCUUCUCUCUCAGGGACUAAUCCUGAGAAUAUUUACAUUUUUUCUCAUGAGGCUACAGCACAGUUUAUAUCUGAUUCUUCUUCUGAAAAUUACAAUGGCUUUAAUGCAACAUACACUACAUUUAAUGCAAAUGAACUAAAGAAUUAUGAGAAAGUCAAUUGCACUUUUGAAGAUGGCUUUUGUUACUGGAUACAAGAUUUAGAUGAUGAUUCAAACUGGGAAAGAGUUCAGGGUCCUACCUUUCCCUUUAUGAGUGGUCCUGAUUUUGAUCAUACAUUUGGCAACAUGUCAGGAUUUUAUAUUUCAACACCCAUAGGACUUGGAUUCAGAGAAGAGAGAGUUCGGAUUCUGAGUUUGCCUUUGAACUCUUCAGAUUCAUCUUGUCUUAGCUUUUGGUAUUUCAUGUACAGUACUAAUGUUUAUCGUUUAAGAGUUAGUGUAAGUAAUAAGCAUGGUGUGGAAAAGAUCAUUUUCCAGAAAGAAGGAAACUAUGGAAACAACUGGCAUUAUGGACAAGUAACUUUAAAUGAAACAUCUGAUUUUAAGGUUAUUUUUGAUGCCUUUAAAAAGCGUGGUCCCAGUGAUAUUGCCUUGGAUGACAUUGGCCUGACAAAGGGAAAGUGUAAUGAAAGUUUGUAUAUAGAGCCAACUGCGAUUCCAACUGUUACUACUGUUCCUUCAGCUCCUACUGACUGUGGAGGUCCAGUUGAACUGUGGGAGCCAAACAAUACAUUCAGCUCUGAAAACUUCCCAAACAAUUAUCCUAAUCAAGCUUUCUGUGUAUGGUACUUAAAUGCUGAAAAUGGAAAAAACAUUCAACUUCAUUUUCAGGUUUUUGAUCUGGAAAAUAUUUAUGAUGUAGUUGAAAUCAGAGAUGGCAGAGGAGCCAAUUCCUUACUUUUGGCUGUCUAUACAGGACAAGGGCUAUUGCCAGAUGUCUUCUCUACAACAAACCAGAUGACAGUAAUCCUCUUUACGGAUAAAUCUGCAACAAAGAAGGGAUUUCUUGCAAACUUUACUACUGGAUACCAUCUAGGAGCUUGUGCAAUUGAUGAGCAUCAGUGUGGUAGUGGGGAUUGUAUACCAUUGUACAACCUUUGUGACAACCUACCUCAGUGCGAAGACGGCUCUGAUGAAGCAAAGUGCAUGAGAUUGCUUAAUGGUUCUCUAAGCACUGAAGGGCUGGUACAGGCAAGAAUUGGGAAGACGUGGCACCUGGCAUGUGCGGAUGACUGGAAUGAACAGACUUCAGACAGUGUUUGCCAGCUACUGGGGUUAGAGGAUGCAAAUAUGUCAUCAACUGUAUUAUUCACUGGAGAUGGCCCAUUUGUCAACAUCACCACAACAGUGAACCACAGCCUAAUAUUUACAAAAAGAGAACACUGUCUGAACAACCUGGUGGUUCAUCUGCAAUGUAAUAUAAAAUCUUGUGGAAAACAACUAGUAACUCAGAACAAUGGAACAAGGAUUGUAGGUGGAAGUGAUGCCAGAAGAGGGACUUGGCCUUGGAUAGUUUCACUCCAUUUUAAUUCCAGACCCAUUUGUGGAGCCUCUCUUGUCAGUGAUGAAUGGCUGGUGACAGCAGCACACUGUGUAUACGGGAGACAAUUAAAACCAUCUCAAUGGAAAGCAGUUCUUGGCUUGUAUGACCAAUCAGACAUGACACAGCCUGCAACAGUAGUUCAAAUUAUUGAUCAAAUAGUUAUAAAUCCUCAUUAUGUGAAGCGUACAAAGGAUAGUGAUAUUGCUCUCAUGCACCUUCAAUACAAAGUGCAAUAUACAGAUUACAUACAACCUAUUUGUUUACCAGAAAAAAAUCAGCAGUUUUUACCAGGAAUUUACUGCUCUGUUGCUGGCUGGGGUCGUAUUAUGAAUGAAGGUCCCACUUCAGAUAUAUUGCAAGAAGCAAAGGUCCCUCUCAUUUUGAAUGAAAAAUGCCAACAACAGAUGCCAGAAUACACUAUUACUGAGAAUAUGAUCUGUGCGGGAUAUGACAUGGGAGGAACAGAUUCCUGUCAGGGAGAUUCAGGUGGCCCUCUGACAUCUGAAGAUGAUAACAAGUGGUUUUUGGUUGGUGUAACAUCAUUUGGCUAUAAAUGUGCACUUCACGAAAGACCAGGAGUGUAUGUUCGAGUCACCAUGUUUGUGGACUGGAUCAAAAAAAUAAUCUAUUAGCUUGAUAUCUUUUAAUGAUAGCAAUAGAAUUUAAAGGUUGAAAGUAAGCCAUUGUAUAAUGAUGUAAACCAGAGUGGCAUUUCAGUCUCAUAGUUAGAUAAACUGAAUAAAUAAUUAAAUUAUGGGGAGGAAAAUAUUAAUUAUUGAAAACUCCAUUACCAGUGGAAAACAAAAUUUUGAAAUAGAUGCUGUGGGUUUUUUAAUAAAUAGUUAUAUAAUUUAUUUUUUCUUUUACAUGAGCCCAUGCGAAAAGUUUCUUUGAACAUCAGUGCAUUAAAUGCAUAGUGGAGGGCUUUACAAAACAUGGGCAUUAAAAAAAAAAAGUUUACAAACUGCAAAUGCUUUAUUGAAAAAUGGUCUAAAAUUAUUUUUUUCAGGUCAAACAUUACCUGUUUUUAUGUUUUUACACUGUAUUUUUCAAUGUGCAUUUUCAUUUCAAUUCAUAGUAAACUCUUCAGGAAUCUCACCACAUCCAAAGUGAAGGCAUAUGUUAUCUUUUUAAACUGGGCUCAUGGGAGUUCUUCUGUCUUGUCUAUUAUAAAAAGCUCUGGAAUGAGGUUUAUGGAUUGUGCAUAAAAGCUGGUAUCUUGUAUCAUGCUGCUUUCUAAUGAAUAAACUGACUGUAAGCCAAAAGUUCUCUCUUGUGUAAUUUGUUUGGAAUGAAUAGAGUUAAAUAAGGUUUGAACACAGCUUUUUAGCUUUCUUUUUAGACAAGUGUUUUGGCAAUUUUUCAAGCAAUUAUAGAUAUGUGCUUCUGUACACCAAGGCUCACAAUACUGCAACCUCCUCUCAUGAAAAGUAAUGUUUUCUAAAAAUGUUUGACAAUAAGGAGUAUUGGCUAUUCCUGGUGAGUAAGAAGUAACAGGCUUCCUUUGAUAUAUGACAUGCUUUUCCUGUACUAGUGACUUUUAAUACUGAUUUUGUGCUUGUAU